UGUGCUAAGCGUAUAAAACUACCUAGUAUUUAGCCAGUGCUUUUAAUUCUGAUAAAGCACCGGUGAAUGAAUUUGAGAAAUAAGGGCCAUAAAACAGAGAAUAGAACCUCGUACGAGUUGGGGAAGCCCGAGGAUAGCAUUUGCAUCCAAUGAAGGUCAACUGAAGGAAAGUCGGGAGGCUCAAAAGCCCAAGCCCUAAGCCCUAGUCAAGUCCGGCAUGACGUAACUGGUUGUUUGGGGCCGCAUUCAUCAGGACAUGUUCAUCUCCGGUAUCCGGCGAAGGAAAAUAUGGAAAACAGGGUAGAGACGGGCGUAAUACAGCCCAAGUUCUAAUGCUUUGCUUUGCUGAGUAUAUUAUUUGGUUAAACGUUAGCUCUCGCUCUAGAGCGUUAAUCAGCAGAGGUUCACGUGAUAGGUAAAUUUCGCUGGGAGGCUUAAAGCUCUAUAACCAUCCUCAAAAUUGACAUAGAAAGUUGAUGAAGCAGAUAAAUUUUGUUAGACUGGUUUCACAGAGAGCACUUGCUCUGAGAUAAAAGGACUUCCAGAAGGUGGAAGACAGCGCCCUCUACUGAUAGACUACCGCCAUUAAUUCAGGAUGGUUCGACAUAAGAAGGACACGAUGUCCCGCAAGAGCAAGCGGGGUGACUACCGACGGCCAGUGAUCAAAGACGGAGUAGAUGAGCACGGAAAACGACCUCGCGCACCCUUUCAAGCUGCCUGCUGGGACCUGGGACACUGUGACCCGAAGAAAUGUUCUGGCAAACGAUUGAUGCAGCUUGGAUAUAUGCGCGAUCUGGGUAUAGGACAUAAAUUCCCGGGGGUGGUAAUAUCGCCGAAUGCAAAGCAGACCCUUUCCCCUGCUGACAAGCCGUUGCUCGAGCGAUAUGGUGCUGCGGUGGUGGAGUGUUCAUGGGUACGAGUGAGCGAAGUACCUUGGUCAAAAAUUGGCGGAAAGACAGAGAGAUUGCUGCCUUACCUUGUGGCAGCAAACACGGUAAACUAUGGCAAGCCAUGGCGAUUGAACUGCGUUGAAGCACUAGCUGCGACUUUCAUGAUAUGUGGGCACGAGGACUGGGCUGAAGAGGUGUUACAGCACUUCCGUUACGGCCAGCCGUUUCUAGAGAUCAACUCGCAGCUGUUUAAGCGGUAUGCAGCUUGUGAGACAGAAGCAGACAUCAAGGCCGCCGAGAAGAAUUGGUUGGCGAAGAUCGAGAAGGAAUACGCGGAGAACCGAGAAGGGAAAGGGUCAGACGAUAUGUGGACUACGGGGAAUACAAACAGGCAGGCCUUCCUUUCGGAUUCUGAAGACGAAGAAAACGAGGAGGGGGAGGAAGAAGGCGAUGGUGAUGACGAGGACGAAGACGGAAUCCCACGGAAUGCUCUACAGAGAGACAAUCUAUUCCCGGAAUCCGAGGAGGAAGACGACGAUGAGGAAGAGAUGGCAGAGAUCCGGCGAAAGAUACUCCUGUCCAAACCGUUUGCUGGAACUGCUUCUUCCCCUGACCGCGAGCCAGACGCAAAGGGGACUGGACCUGCAGUAGUACCGUCGCCAGCGGGUCCGACAGCCGCGAAAGACACCUGCAACGAGGAGAGCGACAGCGACGACGGCAACGAGAGCGACGCCGCCUUUGACCGCAUUAUCAACGCAACCAUCGCGACUGAUCGAACCGGCAUCAAGGCCCUCCAGCGCGAGAAACUGCGACGGACAAGGGCAUGA